GCGUGCCCGAUGGCGAUGGAGCCUCGCUGGGUCUUGGCAACGUCGGUCUCGUUCAAAGAGACGCGCUGCCCAUCCCGCUUGGCUCGGAGGCGCUUCCGUGCUUGAAUGGGUUCUCGGCCCUCGACUGCGACCUCUCGCUGGGGCGCAGCGCCGCGCUCUGCAGGCGCCAGGGGCGCUGGGCGCUGGAGAGCGUCGCGGCGCUCGACGAGCUGGGCGGAGGUGGGCGGGCGGCUAGCCGCGGUGAGCGCCUCAGCUUGGCGCAGAGCUGUGCGCUGCAGCGCCUGUCUGCGGUUUGCGCCGCGGUGCCGCCCAAGCCCGACGACUGCGCGAACCAGGAGGCGUCUCAGGCGCGUCUGGGGCUUCGACCUGGCCGCGCCGGCGAGGCGUCCCUUGGGGCGAGGGCCGGCUACCAGCGCGGGAAGGACUUUCUUCCCCCUGGCGGUGCAGGGCGGGUCGACCUCGCGCGGCUCUUGUCCGAGCAUUUGCAGUCCGCGUUGGAGUCCCGGCAGGGGUUGUUGCGCUCGGGGCAGGAUGCCACUGCGGCUCUGGAGGGGGCUAAUGUCGCGUGUCACGUCGACAGCAAGCUGGCCCAGCGUGGCAUUGACAGCGAGCUCUACGAGGAUGACAAGCUGCGGCUCAUCUUUGACACCAGGAGGGCGAACUGUCACCUCAGGGCGCGCGAGCACGCGCGCUUGACCUCCGGCGACGCCCUUAGCAGCUUGGUGUGCGCUCCUGGCGAGCAGGCGCAUUUGGCUGCUGGCGACGUGGAG